AUGACUGCUACCAAAUUAUCGCGCUCAUUGUCGAGCUCCUCUAAUGUCACCACACCUUUGCUUAAAAAAGAUGAUUACACAAUUACUAUCGUACCAUCGAACUCGUCUUCCGAGGCAAACGAAAUCGGGGAUAACCCAUUUUUGGAUCCGAAAGUUGAAGAGUAUUAUCGAGAGGUAUACCAGACAUCAAAUUAUGAAUGUUAUCCUGCAUUUGAUCCGCAGUUUGAAUGGACAAAAGAAGAAGAGCAGAAUGUUGUUCGCAAGCUCAACUAUAGAGUGGCUUUAGCAGCAUGUCUUCUUUUCGUUGGCUUGCAGAUUGACAGGGGAAAUCUUCAACAGGCAAUCAGCGAUAAUAUGCUUAACGAUUUGGCUCUAACAACCAAUGAGUAUAACUUGGGAAACACCUUAUUCUACAGCUGCUUCUUAUUGGCAGAAGUACCUUCACAGUUAAUUUCAAAAAGUUUGGGACCAGACAUUUUCAUUCCGAUUCAAAUGUGUGCUUGGUCCGUUGUUGCAAUUAGUCAGGCAGCUUUGUCAGGGAAAGUAUCCUUUUAUUUGACAAGAGCAUUGAUAGGGAUGCUAGAAGGCGGGUUUAUUGCUGACUUGGUACUAUGGCUAAGCUAUUUUUUCACCAGCAAAGAGUUGCCAAUUAGAUUGUCGUGGUUUUGGACCACUUUAGCAGUAGUUCAAAUCGGUUCUUCAUUGCUUGCAUGCGGUAUUUUGAAAAUGAGGGGCCUUGCCGGAUUAGAAGGGUGGAGAUGGUUAUUCUUGAUUGAAGGCGUAAUCACUUUUUUCAUUGGACUUUCGGCGUUCUACUUGAUGGUACCUUCAGCAGUUGAAACAAGGAACUGGAUGCACCCAAAAGGGUGGUUUAGUGACCGUGAAGAGAAAAUUGUUGUCAACCGAAUCUUGCGUGAUGAUCCAACCAAGGGGUCAAUGAAUAACAGACAAGCACUUGGUAUUAAAGAAUUGGGGGCUAGUUUGAUGGACUAUAAUCUUUGGCCAAUCUUUGCUAUUGGGUUUAUUGCACAUAUCGGAAAAUCAACCAUGGGGACAUAUUUUACAUUAAUGAACAAGGAGUUGGGCUUUUCAACAUUCGAAACAAACUUGUUAGCCAUACCGCCGUCCAUUUUGCAUAUUUCAUUCUUGUUGGGAAUUACGUGGUUAUCUGAACGAGCAAAUGAGAGGUCAUUUGUAUCCUUGGUUGCUCCAUUAUACGCAGUUCCCCUAAUAGCAAUCAUUCGAUGGUGGCAUGGGUCAGGUAAGCAGGUAUGGGCAACAUGGAUGUUGUCGACUUUGUUUCUAGGACAGCCAUAUAUUCAUGCAAUCUGUGUUGCCUGGGUUUCACGUAAUUCGAAUUCUGUUGGGUCAAGAUCAAUAUGCUCUGCUCUAUACAAUAUGUUUGUUCAAAUGGGGGCCAUAAUUGCUCUGAACAUUUAUCGAGAAGACGAUUUCCCAUUGUAUAAAAAGGGGAAUACCAUAUUGUUUUUGAUAGAAUUGCUGUUAAUCCCGUUGUUGUUGUUUACGAAAUGCUUUUAUAUUUGGAAAAACAACCAAAAAGGUAAACUCUGGAAUAAAAUGACUGAAGAGGAAAGGGAGUAUUAUCGUAAGCACAGCACUGAUAGGGGCAACGAAAGGUUAGAUUUUGUAUUUGAACAUUAA